UAUAUUGUGUUAUCUCAAUCAGAAUAAUUGAACAAUAUGUCUGUAGAACUAGGAAGUAUAGCAGAGGAAUGCUCUGUUAGUAUAUCCUCAUAUAAGCUGCUCCCUGGGGGUCAUAAGGAAGAAUUCAACUUGAUCAAUAGAGAUUAUAAAGGAGAGAACUCAGAUGAUCCCAGCCUCUCUUCACAUAGAGAGUUACCUCCUUGGAGAAAGAACACAAAAGGACAUCGUGCAUCUUCCAUAAUGUCAUUCCAGGGUGAUGUGACAGAUGAGGCCAUUGGUGAACUACCUGAAAUGUAUGAUCAUGAUGAUUAUAUUGAUACAGCAGAUGAAUUGAGUGAAACUCUACCAUUUGAAGCAUUGAAAGAUGCUGUGAGUGGUCAGAUUUAUACAUGUGAUAGAAAGCCAAAAGAGUUGGAUUCAGUAGGGGAUAGUGCAUAUGCAUCAAACCCAGUGCAUAAACACAGAGAUGGUUUGUCAGCUAGUGGCAGUCUGAUAUAUACUCAUGAUCAUAGGCGCCACAUUGACCACACAGAUGUCUCUGACAUGAAUGACUUUGACAUUACAGAUAAGUCACCCAAGAAUAUAACCAAUGAAGUACAAGACCUAAACUAUACCAGUACAACAGAGAGUAAGAGAUCUAUACCUGUUAAUCCUGAAGAAGUCAUGAAGAAAUUACAAGCAUUCAAGGAUAAUAUAGUAGAGCCAAAGGGAGAAUCAUCUUCCUCUCAACAUGGUAUCCUGAAGAAUGCUGCAGCAUACAGCACACCUAGUAUAAUUGUAACAGAGCCUUGUGAUGAGACUGACACAUCACCAGAAGAGCUCAUUGAAACUGAAGGCCCACUAAGUGAAUCAAGCUCUAAUGUCUCUAUUGAUAUGACUGAUUUAGAUAGCAUCAUAGAUAACAUUACGGCUGAAAUAAACAUGCAUCAAAUGAAAUCCAGGAAAAUUAACAACAAAAUCAUCAGAUAUCAAAAACAAACACGAAUACUAUCGAGAGAAGUGGACCGUCGUCAAACGAAAUCUAGAAAGCUAGGAAAUUACUUGAGGAAACAUUCAUCCAGAG